AUGGCUCAAGGGCCGGCAAUCACCCCGGCUUUGAUAGCUCGAGCCCUAUCUUCGUUGCCAAUUCAAUCGUCGCCUUCACUGGUGCCCCGAUAUAGCAAGGAUGGGCCGAGUCCCUCUGGCCCGUUGGUCUAUGGAAUAACUCUCAUCAGUUUGCGCCAAAGCCUACCAGACAAGUUCCGAUCAGUAUUUCCAUACGAGUUCUUCAAUGCGGUCCAGUCGAAGUGCUUCGACGCUGUUUAUGGCGGGAAUGACAACGUCGUCGUUGCCGCACCAACUGGUAGUGGAAAGACUGCAAUCCUUGAACUUGCAAUCUGCAAGGUCGCUCUUGACCGAGGCAACGAGAACUUCAAGAUUGUCUAUCAGGCUCCUACUAAAGCGCUUUGCUUCGAGAGGGCUCGCGAAUGGGAGAAGAAGUUCAGCCACAUGAAUUUCAAGUGCGCUGAACUGACUGGGGACACAUCCCAAGCCGAGAUGAAUCGCGUUGGCGACGCUUCCAUCAUCGUCACAACCCCUGAGAAGUGGGAUUCAAUAACUCGAAGGUGGAACGACCACCGUAGACUUCUCCAGAUGGUAGAGCUUUUUCUCAUCGACGAAGUCCACAUUCUCAAAGACGUCCGCGGAGCGACCCUCGAGGCUGUUGUUUCUCGCAUGAAGACGAUUGGAGCCAAUGUCCGCUUUAUCGCUUUGAGCGCCACUGUUCCCAACUCAGACGACAUUGCAACAUGGCUUGGCCGAAACCAUACGAGUCAGCACCUGCCAGCUCACCGCGAAACGUUUGGCGAGGAAUUUCGCCCCGUCAAGUUGCAAAAGUAUGUCCAUGGCUACGAUUAUAAGAGCAACAACUUCAUAUUCGACAACUUUCUCGACACGAAACUGCCAACGGUACUCCAGCGACACAAUCAGAAGAAGCCUAUCAUGAUCUUUUGUUUCACCAGAAAGUCGUGCGAAUCCACAGCCUCAUUACUAGCGGACUACGUGUCUGACCAACAGCAAGACAACAGACUGUGGCCAAUGCCGUCGCAAAGCAUCCCAGUUCUUGGUCGAGAACUGCAAGAGGUUGUCAGGUUUGGAGUUGCUUUUCAUCACGCUGGCCUAGAUGCGCAAGAUCGUGUCGCAGUUGAACAGGGCUUCUUGAAAGGCCAGCUGAGCGUCAUUUGUUGCACUUCGACAUUGGCGGUGGGCGUAAAUCUCCCAUGCCACACGGUUGUUCUGAAGGGUACCGUGGGGUACACAGACGACAAGCUCCAAGAGUACUCGGAUCUCGAAGUCAUGCAGAUGCUUGGGCGUGCCGGUCGGCCGCAGUUUGAUGAUAGCGCCACAGCAAUCAUCCUCACCCGGGCCGCGCAGAAGAAUCGGUACGAGAGGAUGGCCUCUGGCCAGGAGAUUCUAGAAAGCACCCUGCACCUCAAUCUCAUCGAACACCUGAACUCCGAGAUAUGCCUCAGAACGAUCACGGACCUUCCGUCCGCAAAGGGAUGGUUAAGUGGCACUUUCUUAAGUGUGCGGCUGAGGCGCAAUCCGGACCAUUACCAACUGACGGGCUCAAUGUCGAAUCCCUCACAAAUUGACAAUAGACUGGAAGAGAUUUGUGAGCGAGACAUCAAGUUGUUGCAAGAGGCGGAAGUGGUCACGGACGGUGAGACGUUCGAAUGCACCGAGUACGGACGUUCAAUGUCUCGAUAUAUGGUGGAAUUCACGACAAUGAAGCUGCUGCUGCAAAUUCCGCGUGCUGCCGGGACUGAGACUCUGAUCACGAUUCUUUCACAGGCAUCAGAGUUCAAGGACUUUCGAAUGAAACCAGCCGAGAGAACCAUGUUUCGUGAGAUCAACCAGUCGCCUUUAAUGAUGUAUCCGAUCAGAGACGCCAUCGGCCAGACUUCACACAAAAUCUCCCUCAUGGUCCAGGCGCACCUCGGCAGUGUUCAAUACCCCGAUUCGAAGGAAACUAGCAAGUUGAAACACCAGCUCAUGGUGGAGCGCAAGGCCGUGUUCGAAAGGCUGCAGCGUCUUGUUCGCGCGGUGGCGGACUGCAAGAGACAUGAUCGUGACGCCGUUGGAACCAGGAAUGCGCUCGAGUUAACUAGGGCCCUUGCUGCAGGGUCCUGGGAGGAUUGUGCGACUCAGCUCACCCAGAUUCCCAACAUCGGGCCCGCUGGGAUGAGAAAGCUCUCGGGGAAGAACAUCAGAACGGUUCUGGAGCUUGCAGACAAGGGCUAUGGCGAGAUUGAGCGGCUCAUGUCCCGACAACCUCCUUUUGGGAGGAAAAUGCAGGAAGUUCUUGAAAUGUUUCCGCGCCUCGACUUCGACAUGGCUACUAUUAAUCACAAAACCCCCUCCAGAAACGGAGGACCAGUCAUCUUGAAUGUCAGCGUGAAGCUUCGCUGUUUGAACCGCAAGGGGCUGCCGAGAUGGCGUGACAGGGUACCCGGGCUCACUUUCGUCGCCGAGACGAGCGACGGGACCCUGGCGUGGUUUGGGCGAGUUGGCAUGAGAAAGCUUCACAACCAGUCCGGCCUUGAACUCAAGUUCUCAGUUGAGUUGAAAGAUUUCAAUGACAGUGUCAUUUGCCAUUUCAGCUGUGAGGAAAUUGUUGGAACCCAGGUUUCGAAGGUUCUGCAUCAUAACCUGUCCAGAGCGGCCUUCCCGUCGGCAUCGAGAACACAGGUCGCAGCUGGUUCAAUGCAAAGCAGGAAGGCAGUUGCUCAGAAUUACCUCGAUGAUGAUAAUAUCGAAGAUUCCGAUUUCCUCGAGGCUGCUGAGAAAGCUGUAGUCCAGCAUCCAGAGUCGUUCAGCCAGGAUAGCAACGAAUAUGCGCCCGUCGAAGAUUUGCUAGCGGAGACUUUUGAUGUGAAACUGGAGCGGCAACGGUUUGAUCGUCAUUUGGCCGCCGAUGAUGAAAAUGAAGGAGGCGACAUGGACCCAGAUCAGGACAUUGACCGCGAACCCGUUCAGCUUUCAAACGGCAAAUGGCAAUGCAACCAUGCAUGCAGCGGAGGUGCUCGUACCAAAUCAGGAAAACCUUGCACCCAUCGAUGCUGCAAAGACGGCCUCGACAGGCCGAGAAAGCGACAUCCGCCACGGUCGAAGAAGAGAAAGGCGGGAGACGAAGCAGAUGAGAAUUUCGACAUUGUGCCAGCCAAGGUACAACCAAAGGUGCAGCCAAAAUCUACCCCAGAACCCCAAACCAAACGGCUGAAGGCGGGGCGGGAGUCAUCUAAGUUCAAGAUGGACUCCUUUCACGUGCGUGACCGAUCAAUCGGCAAAGCUUCACUAAAACUCUGGAAACCCAUGAACUUCGACGACAUGGAUAUAGAGUGCAUCGAUCUGUCCAUGGCUGACGACGAGGUGGUCUUCCCAUCGAACGCUGCUACAAACACGUCUAAGGCAGAGGAAGAAAGGGUAUCUUAUACUAAGAAAAAGUUCACUUCUGCUCGCCUUAAGCCCAAAAAGGGCACAUCGUCACCGGAGUCUAAAAAACGCGACUAUUUCGAUGGGGAUGAUUCAUCAUCUCUUGAUGAUAUAUUGUUUGCCGAGAUUCACAAACCACGUCAGACCCCAUUCAGGGCGGGGGGAAGUGAUGUGGUACUUUAUCAGGGCACCUCCAGAGGGUCUGCCGGCACAGGACUGGAUGUCUUCUCGGACGGGCUUAUUCCCGUAUCUCGGGCCUCAGUUGUGGGAGAGAACGGGGAGAGUUCCAAGCCCGAUAAUCCCAACUCGAGCUUGUUUCUGCAGGGCACUAAGUUUAACAGCAGUUCCGCCACACCGGGCUCAGAAGCUGACCCUCUAACUGUGGACGAUAUUCUCGGCCCCGAGUCCCCCGCAGUUGAAGAUGAGAUGUCGGAUGCGAAGCUGAUCAAAGAAGGGCCAGCCUGGGAGUCUGGAUUCGACCAGGACGUUGUGAACAUGCUUCGGAGUUGCGUGACCUUUGUGUGA